CCAGUGCAGGAUCAGGAGUGCCACACUCUCUCCCAGACACCACUACAACUGGUCUGCUUACCCGAGUGGGAUCAGGAGUUUGUGUGUGAGUCUCUCUCUCUCUCUUCCAGACCCCACUAUAAGUGUUCUACUUCAGAAACAGAAAUCCCUGGAAAAGCUCAGCAGCUCUGUGUAGAGAAAUCAGAGUUAACGUUUCGGGUCGAGUGACAGUUCCACAGAACUGAUGGUAGCGAGGAAAAUGUGCUCUGCUUAGCAAGUUGAGGACAGAAGCGGCAAUCUCUCUCUCUCUCCCAGACACCACUGCAAGUGCCAAGCUCUGCCUAAUCUACAGAGGAUCAAGAGUGUGUUCCCCUCUCUCUCAGACACCACACUAAGUGUUCUGCUUAGCAACUCAAGGGCAGAAUUGCCAAUUUCUCUCUCUCGCCCCAGAUCCCAGUACAAGGAACAAACUGUGUUUGCCCAACUCAGACUCGGGAGUCGGGGAUAACAAGGUGUGGAGCUGGAGGAACACAGCAGGCCAGGCAGCAUCAGAGGAGCAGGAAAGCUGACGUUUCGGGUCUGGACCCUUCGGCAGUUCCUACUAUCUCAGACUCAGGAGUGCCGCUCUGUCCCUCUAGGCCAGGGUGCCCCGUGUGUGUAAGGCCAGGACUAUGCGGCCAGAAUGUUGGCCAGGAAGAGCAUCAUCCCGGAGGAGUACGUGCUGGCCCGGAUCGCCGCCGAGAACGUGCGCCGGCAGCCCCGGUACACGGCGCGGCCCCGCCAGGCUCGCUUCAUCGCCAAGAACGGCUCGUGUAACGCGGCUCACAAGAACAUCCGAGAGCAGGGCCGUUUCCUGCAGGAUGUCUUCACCACCCUGGUGGACCUCAAAUGGCGCUACACCCUCUUCAUCUUCACCAUGUCGUUCCUGUGCAGCUGGCUCCUCUUCGCCAUGAUGUGGUGGCUGCUAGCGUUCGCCCAUGGGGACCUCGACCCCCGGCCGAGCUCAGGCUCCGAGCCGUGUGUCACCAAAGUGCGGUCGUUCAGCUCGGCGUUCCUGUUCUCCAUCGAGGUGCAGGUCACCAUCGGCUUCGGCGGCAGAAUGAUCACCGAGGAGUGCGCGACCGCCAUCACCGGCCUCAUCGUGCAGAACAUCUCGGGGCUGAUCAUCAACGCCGUCAUGUUGGGUUGUAUCUUCAUGAAGACAGCGCAGGCUCACCGCCGGGCGGAGACUCUCAUCUUCAGCCGCCACGCCGUCAUCUGCCUGAGGAACGGCCGCCUCUGCUUCAUGUUCAGGGUGGGCGACCUGAGGAAGAGCAUGAUCAUCAGCGCCUCGGUCAGGAUGCAAGUGGUCAGGAGGAGCACCACGGCCGAGGGCGAGAUCCUGCCGCUGCACCAGAUCGACAUCCCGGUGGACAACCCCCUGGAUAGCGGCAGCAUCUUCCUGGUCGCUCCGCUCACCAUCAGCCAUGUGUUGGAUCGCCGCAGCCCGCUCUAUGAGAUCUCGGCCAGUGACCUGCAGAGCCAGAACCUGGAGGUCAUCGUCAUCCUCGAGGGGGUGGUGGAGACCACGGGCAUCACCACACAGGCCCGGACCUCGUACAUCUCCGAGGAGAUCCUGUGGGGCUACCGCUUCGUGCCCGUCGUCACCGAGGAGGACGGUGUCUACUCGGUAGACUACUCCAAGUUCGGCAACCGCGUCAAGGUGGCGACCCCGAGGUGCUCGGCCCGAGAGCUCGACGAGAAGCCGUCCAUCCUGAUCCAGACCCUGCAGAGGAGCGAGCUCUCGCACCAGAACUCGCUGAGGAAGCGCAGCUCCAUGAGGAGGAACAACUCCAUGAGGAGAAGCACCUCGUCCCUCCUCAGCAAAGUGCAGUUCUUCACCCCCACCGACUCCGCCGAGUACUGAGAAACCGGCUCAAAUCGUUUCUCAACAGUGGGGACGCGUUUGUUUUCUAUGAACUGAGACUUGAAACCAGUUUGCUGCACGGUCCGGACACUCUCUGAGAGGGUCUUUUUAUUUUGAGAUCAUUUGUUCUAUUCGUGGCCAGAUCACAACAGAACACGGACUGACGAUAUAUUCAGCCUCAUAUAACAUAUACAUAAUAUAUAUGAGAACAUGUAAUAUAAUAUCAAAUGUAUUAUAUAUGUACGCACAUAAUAUACGAAUAGAAUAUUAAAAAAAAACCAAGCUGCAGAUUAUAUUGAAAUAUA